CGGGCCUGCGGCCGCCAUGGCCCCGGCAGCGGCGGUCCCGGUCCUGCUGCUGCUGGCGGCCGCCGCCUCCGCCGUCACCGCCGCCUGGGACCUGCGGGCUCUGCGCUGCGGCUUCUCGGGCGACUGCGAGUGCGGCUUCGGGCCCGACCUGCGCGGUCUGGAGUGCGAGCUGGCCGUGAGCGUGGUGGGGCAGCCGCUGGCCCGGCAGCAGGUGAUGAGGGCGGUGAGGCAGUUCCUGGCGGAGCAGAGCCCGGCGAAGCCGCUGGUGAUGUCCUUCCAUGGCUCCACCGGCACCGGCAAAACCUACGUGAGCUCCAUGCUCGUCCGCUACCUGUUCCAGGGAGGGCUCCGCAGCCCCUACGUGCACCAGUUCUCUCCGAUCGUGCACUUCCCCCAUGCUGAGCACAUAGAGCAGUACAAGGAAAGCCUGAAGAACUGGAUCCAAGGGAACCUGACACGUUGUGGACGCUCAGCCUUCCUCUUUGAUGAGAUGGACAAGAUGCACCCAGGUUUAAUCGACGUGAUCCUGCCCUUCUUGGGACCCUCAUGGGUUGUGUAUGGGACCAACUACCGCAAAGCCAUCUUCAUCUUCAUAAGCAACGCCGGAGGAGAGCAGAUCAAUGCAAUGACACUGGAUCUGUGGCAAGCCCGCAAGGACCGGGAGGAGAUCAGCCUGCAGGACCUGGAGCCGGCCAUCUCCAGAGCCGUGUUUGACAACCCUCACAGUGGAUUCUGGAAAUCUGGGAUCAUCAAUGAAAGUCUCAUUGAUUUUGUUGUGCCCUUCCUCCCCCUGAAGCACCACCACGUGAAGCAGUGUGUGGUCAGUGAACUGGUGCAGCAAGGCCUCGAAGUGCGGCCGGGGGUUGUCCAGGAGGUGGCUGACAGCAUUCCCUACUUCCCAGAAGAGGAGAAAAUAUUCUCAUCAACAGGCUGCAAAACAGUGGCCUCUCGAAUCAGCUUUUUCUUGUAAUCCUUGGUGAUCUAGCUCAGAUCCAUAGGGAAUGGCUGCAGAGCUGCAAAGCAGCAGAGCCUGGGGUUGGCAGGAUGAGCAGUGGGAGCUCUGUGUUCCCUCCUGGCAUUCUCCUCCCAAACUCAUCCCUCCAGCCCCCAGGAUGCAGCUGUGGGACCAAGUGCAAGUGAGGUGAUUUAAAGCACUUUACUGGUGCACCCUUGCCCAGGUGAGGGUGGAUCCAUCACCCAAAACAUCUGUGACAACAAGGGGAUGAUGCUAAGAGGGUGUCAGGGAGGUUUGUCCACCGGCCAGCAGCACCCACUUGCAGCUCUCCCCUCUCCUGGCAGCUAUUGAUGCCCAACACAGCAAGAUUCUGAGCCCAUGGAAGAGUAUCUCUUUCCUACAGCAUUUUAACAGGCUUUAAAACCCUCUUAAGGGUGGCUGUGCCUCAGCCUGACUCAGAGCUGACUCCUGCAGCACUGCCUGUGAACACCUUCAGCAUUGCAGCAAUGGUUUCUUGUCAAGGAAGCCUUAGAGCCAGCUUCUUUCCAGCUUCCUUUCACUGUGAAUGGUGCUCAUAGGGACCAGCUUCACCAUGAGCAAGUGGGGGGGGUAGAUGACAACACCCCCUUGUCCAUCUUUCCCCUAAGGUGCAACGGUUUUCCGCACAGCAAAGCGGGACAACAGCAACAAAGACUUCUCACUUGCUUUACCAGCUAUGGAAACUUAAGUCCUACCUCCAGGGAAGCCCAUGGUGCCAAUAAAGGCUUGGAAAAUCA